CCGUGGGGCAACAUUCGUCGACCUCCGGGGAGAGUCGUGCCUCCGUGCGCAGACCAAUCGUGACGGUCCUUUCACCGAUCGGAAUUCGAAACUCGUGAUAAAAAGGCCGAUUAUCGGUAUCCUAUUCCCUUUCGACUGGUUGGAACUGGUGGUCGAAAGCCGCUAACGUGCGCGAGCCAGAUUGGCCGGAUCGCGACCUCGUCGAAGGCCCGCCUUGCUCCUUUCGUCGCGGAGGCUCGUCGAAGGACCGGAUGUGCAGAUUGUGCGAGUCGCGAGAAUCGCCCCGCAGAUCGUCAUUCACUCGUGAAUCUCUCGCGACAACCCGGUGAACAUUACGCGCAGUUCAGCUCGUGAUUAGCACAUUAUCACGCCGAUAAGAGUACUCUGCGUGAAAUAUGUUGACGUGUUACAUGACCGCGCUGCAAUGCGAGUGGAUCGAGAAUCGCAAACGGUGGAAUUCCACCGGUGCACCGCAAUCACAAUUGAGGAACAACGUUAAUGUCGAAGGCGCCACUCAUAAACAGGUGGUGGAUUUGAUCAAAUCAGGCGGCGAUGUCCUUACUCUGACCGUCAUUUCCGUGACGCCGCAGGAAGCGGAAAGAUUGGAGCCCUGCGAAGAUUUGAGUUACGCAUCGGUAGAUUACAGCGAGAAGCGAUCUCUACCCAUCAGCGUGCCGGAUUAUCACGUCCGCGAGAGGAAGCACGAGCGUUAUGUAGUCUUCAACGUCCACAUGGCUGGCAGGCACUUGUGCUCGCGUCGAUAUCGGGAAUUCGCGGCGUUACAUAUGGCAUUGAAGAAGGAGUUCAUAGGGUUCAAUUUCCCGAAGUUACCGGGAAAAUGGCCAUUCCAAUUGAGUGAGCAACAGCUUGAUGCAAGAAGACGCGGUCUGGAGCAGUAUUUGGAGAAGGUUUGCGCAGUACGCGUAAUAGCGGAAAGCGAUGCUAUGCAGGAAUUUUUGACGGAUCGACUGGAGGAGGAUGGCGAUCAAGGUCCAGCGGUUGAUCUCAAAGUUUUACUACCUGAUCGCGAAGUCGUCACUGUGACUGUUCCCAAGGCAGCGUCCGUGAAAGACGUUUACGACGCAGUUUGCUGCCGAGUAGGCUUGGACGCAGAAACCGCAAAGUACUUUUACCUGUUUGAGAUUGUCGAAUACAAUUUCGAGAGAAAGCUGCAACCUCACGAACACCCGCAUACUUUGUACAUUCAAAAUUAUUCGACUGCCAGCGCAACGUGUUUGGCGAUAAGGAGGUGGCUUUUCACUAUAAAUAAGCCUCUGAAUGAACAGGCAUUGACUUGGAUAUUUUGGCAGACGAUCGACGAAGUGAACAGAGGUCACAUAACUGCGGGAGAAAGGCUGUAUCAAUUGAAAGCUCUACAGGAUGCAUCGAGAAAGCAUGAGUAUUUAAAAUUAGCAAGAGAACUCAGUGGGUACGGCGACAUUGUGUUUCCACAUUGCGCGUGCGACUCAAGGAAAGAGGGCCACGUGGUACCAGCAGUGGGCAUGGCGACCUUCAAGUUGCACGCCGCGAAGGAGGACGGUACCCUGGAGUCGCAGGUGGUCGAGUUUCAAUGGAGCACCAUUACUCGGUGGGAAGUGGACGAGGAUGGAAUGGCAUUCUGCUUCCAAUACACGCGCCAGGACAAUCGUCCACCCCGUUGGCUUAAGGUCUUCACCCCUUACUAUACGUUCCUCUCGGAUUGCUUCGAUCGAAUAGCCGAAGAAGCGAAAUGGGAUGAUCCAGGAGAAUGACAUAACGUACGACGCUAAGAGGUAUCCAGUGUAUAACUUUCAGAGUCCUUUCACAGGAUAUCUCGCACUCGUCUCUCCGUAGUCGAAAUUUUUUCUUAUUAGAAUUAGGACAGUCUUUAGAAACAAUUAACAUAGUACCUUUAGCAUAUCAAAUUUUUCAUCUGGUAGCUUUGCCGAACAUUUCUAAUGCUGUACACCGAGAGAGCCCACCGUCAUCAUUGGAAAAGUCAAAUGUGUGAGAAUGUAGAUAGAUAUACAUCCCAGUGAAACAAUGCUGUUACCAGAGAAACAAAAUUCGAUGGAUUACUGCGACGCUCGCAAGUAAUCUAGAAUGAGAACGGAAUGUGAUGUAUAAAUUUAAACUCGGAUUUAUCAUUGAUGUCACGCUCGUCCAUGAUCUAGUGAGGAAAUCUUGAUGUAAACUAAUAUUCAUAGUCCGUUCUUAUUUCAAGAUCGUCUUAAGUAAUGUCUUGAGUUGCUAAUACGACCCUCUUAUUAGUUCGUGACAUCUUAAAACAGUCUUAAAUAUAAGAAUCGUCUAUGAAUACGCAGCUUGAAUUCAGUGCGCAAGAAAAUGAAUCUUUUUUUUAUACGAUGUAGCUGGGACUUUUGUUUCGUCGAUGAAACACGUGUCGUUUUUUCUUUUGUUACGAUGAACAAAAUCGCGCACGCGAUGAUAUAUAAGAGAAUUACGUUAGUGUACAGAUAUAUAGACUAUUACUAUAUACGGGGAUAUACGAUCAAGGUAUGAUCGUGUCCGCCUAGAGAAACCACCUAUCCUUCUGGCCUAUCAAUUAUUAUGUAUACAGCACCCAACUCGUUUUCUAAGGAGAAAAUCGAUCGUCUUACAUAAAACGUUCCUCCUUGUUCGCCUAACAGACCCGAAACUCUCUUUCAUUGGAUCUGCAUAUCGAUCGCGCAUUUAAACAAUAGAAAUAAUACCCUGUGCAUUUUCUAAUAUGCAAUAUUUUAUAAAUCAAUGAUAAUUAAUCUGUAAAUUCGUUACGCAGGAUAUUUUAAAACGAGAGGCGCCGCUUUCGCAUGUUUAUAAAGAAUCUCAAUAGUAUCGACAGCGCGUCCAUUUUAUCGCUGUUGUAGGUUUCAUUCUUUGCAAUUAAGAGUGUGUAUAAUAAGAAGCACCAGAAAUCU